CUCCCUCCCUCCCGCGACGUUCCAAUGGUCGGAAAGGGCUCUGUGGCGUUCCAAUGGGGAAGCGGAGUGUCCCGCUUUGAGCCCGGAUGCCGACGGGCGGAGAUGGCUGCGGCGCUGUGAAGGGAAGCCGCUUCUGCACUGCUGCUGCUGCUUCCUCCUCCUCCUCCUCCGCCCUUUGCAUCUCCAAGGGAAGGGAAGGAAGGGGACUCCUGCACCAGCAAGCCACCGCAAUGGGGAGCCGCGCCCCCGGAAUCCGAAGCGUCUCUCGGGAGUGAGCUCUGGCCAUGAGAGCGCCUUUGCCCUCGCCCGCAAGCCCGGUGCGAAUCCUGCGCCUCUUUGGUUCCCCAACCUUAAAGGAACAGGCUCCUUGAAUCAAGGACAUUUCUUCUCAGCCUUUGCCAAUCCUGAGCAUCUUUUGCAUUGGGCUGUUUGUUGACUCUCCAGAUCGUAACAUUGUUCUCAGCUCCGCUUUGGAGGGUCCCGGGGAAGCAGCCAUGGGGCUGCCCGCCUUGGAGUUCAGCGACUGCUGCCUGGACAGCCCCCUUUUCCGCGAGAGGCUCAAGUCCCACGAAGCCGAGCUGGACAAGACCAACAAGUUCAUCAAGGAGCUCAUCAAGGACGGGAAGACCCUCAUCGCGGCCCUCAAGAAUCUGUCUUCAGCAAAACGGAAGUUUGCAGAUUCCUUGAAUGAUUUUAAGUUUCGAUGUAUAGGUGAUGCUGAAACGGAUGAUGAAAUAUGUAUAGCAAAAUCCCUGCAAGAGUUUGCUGCUGUUCUUAGAAACCUAGAAGACGAGCGCAUACGCAUGAUUGAAAAUGCCAGUGAAGUCCUAAUCACUCCUCUGGAGAAAUUCCGUAAGGAGCAAAUUGGUGCUGCUAAGGAAGCCAAGAAAAAGUAUGACAAAGAGACUGAGAAAUAUUGCGGUGUGUUAGAAAAGCACUUAAACCUGUCUUCCAAGAAGAAAGAAUCCCAGCUUCAAGAGGCAGAUAGCCAGGUGGACGUGGUUCGACAGCACUUCUAUGAAGUCUCCCUUGAGUAUGUCUUCAAAGUUCAAGAAGUUCAGGAAAGAAAAAUGUUUGAGUUUGUGGAACCACUGCUGGCAUUUCUGCAAGGGCUGUUCACAUUCUACCACCAUGGUUAUGAGCUUGCAAAGGACUUCAGUGAUUUCAAAACAGAGCUGACAAUCAGCAUUCAAAAUACAAGAAACCGUUUUGAAGGCACAAGAUCAGAAGUUGAGUCCUUGAUGAGAAAGAUGAAGGAGAAUCCCCAUGAGCACAAAAACAUCAGUCCUUACACAAUGGAAGGCUACCUCUAUGUGCAAGAAAAACGUCAUUUUGGGACAUCUUGGGUGAAACAUUACUGCACAUAUCAGAGUGAUUCUAAACGAAUAACUAUGGUGCCAUUUGACCAGAAGUCUGGUGGAAAAGGGGGAGAAGAUGAAGCCAUUAUCCUCAAAUCCUGCACACGUCGGAAAACAGAUUCCAUAGAGAAGAGGUUUUGCUUUGAUGUAGAAGCAGUUGAUCGGCCUGGAGUGAUCACAAUGCAAGCGCUUUCUGAAGAAGACCGAAGACUGUGGAUGGAGGCAAUGGAUGGCCGGGAACCGGUUUAUAACUCAAACAAAGACAACCAAACAGAAGGCACUGCCCAGUUGGAUAAUAUGGGCUUUAGCAUUGUGAAGAAAUGCAUCCAUGCUGUGGAAACAAGAGGGAUCAAUGAACAAGGAUUAUACAGAAUAGUUGGUGUCAACUCUCGAGUUCAGAGGCUGUUGAGUAUCUUAAUGGAUCCUAAAGCUGCUGAAACGGAAGAUGAAAUUUCUUCAGAGUGGGAGGUUAAAACCAUCACCAGUGCAUUGAAAACAUAUUUGCGAAUGCUCCCUGGCCCACUCAUGAUGUAUCAGUUUCAAAGAAGCUUCAUCAAAGCAGCAAAACUGGAAAAUCAAGAAUCCAGAACCUCAGAGAUCCACAGCUUAGUACACAGACUUCCUGAGAAAAACAGACAGAUGCUCCAAUUGCUCAUGAAUCACUUGGCAAAUGUUGCAAAGAACCACAAACAGAAUCUAAUGACUGUUGCAAAUCUGGGGGUUGUUUUUGGACCAACUUUGAUGCGACCACAAGAAGAAACAGUUGCUGCAAUUAUGGAUAUCAAAUUCCAAAAUAUUGUGGUAGAGAUCUUAAUAGAAAACCAUGAAAAGAUAUUUAACACCGUUCCAGAAACACCACAGUCAAAUUGCCAGCUGCUUUUGUCUCGAAAGAGAAGUAUGGACUCAAAGCCACCAUCAUGCAGCGAGAGACCCUUAACUCUCUUCCAUACUGCACAACCCAGUGAAAAACAGGAAAACAGGAACAGCAUCAUCAACUCCAGCCUGGAAUCAGUCAUAUCAUCAUCAAACAUCAACAGUUUCCUCCACUCCAACAGCACUCCUCAGUCUAACAUGAACUCAAGUGACCCUGACUUAGAAGUGGUUAAACCCAGCAGGCCAAACUCACUCCCUCAGAAUCCAAGUCCAACGUCACCCCUUUCACCGUCCUGGCCUAUGUUCUCCGCACCAUCCAGUCCUAUGCCCACCUCCUCUACGUCCAGCGACUCAUCCCCCAUCAGUUCACCAUUUCGCAAAGCCAGAGCUUUGUAUGCUUGUAAAGCAGAACAUGACUCAGAGCUUUCUUUCACUGCAGGCACUGUAUUUGAUAAUGUUCAUCCAUCACAGGAGCCUGGAUGGUUGGAAGGAACCUUGAAUGGAAAAACAGGAUUGAUCCCUGAGAACUAUGUGGAAUUCCUAUAACUCCAGGCACAUUCGUAAACAACACUGCUGAGCUUUACAUGGUAUCCAUGACGACUGCUGAUGAACGUAUUGUAGAUCGUUUGCUGUUUGCCGCUGUGAAAAGCAAGGUGAAGGACUCCGCUACCUGUUCAGAUGAAUGUUUAUGUAAAUAACAACGUAUGUUUCCUCUUAUGAAAUGUGUUGUUUGUGCAAAGACACUGCAGAAAAUGGAAGAGUCGAAGGACAGGAGGUGGGAGUGCUGCAGAGGCUACUAAGUUCUCCUGCAGAAGGUUUGCACCUAUUUUUUUUGAAAAAAAAUCACAUUUUGUCCUAGAAAGUAGGAAGUCCAUAAGAUGUGUGUAAAUGUGCCUGAACCAGCAUGAUGGCUUCACCCAAGUCUCUCUUUCAUUGGAACGCCUUACAAAAGAAGUGAUUGCAAAAUUGAACCCCUUGAGCUGGCAUGCGGGGAAGAUGGAAGGAAUAUAAGGUUGGAAACACUGGCCGUCAAAAAGAAAGAUCUAAUUUGCCAGAAGGAAAACAUGUCUGUUCCUUUUAUCCUGAGCGGGUGAAAGCAAUGGCUGUAUACAUUAAGCCACUGACUAAUGGCUUUCAUCUGCAGAGAUUAGCCAGCCUUGACAGGAUUCAUCCAUUGUCAACGCAUUAAUAAUUCCAUUGAUGAGAUCUGCAUUGCUACACACACCAACAAGGAUGCCAGCAGUUGCAUUACGGUAAUGCUUUUUAAAUGAUUUUAAUAUUCAGACAAGACAUGCAGCAGAAGCUGAAUGCUUCUCACCAUUUGCAUAGCAGCUGCUAUUUCAUAUAACUGUCAGCAACAUGAAGACAAUAAUAUUUUGGACCAAAGUUUGUGAAGACUUUUUUUUAAAGUGGAAGAUUCUGACAUAAAUCUAGGCAAUCUCUUCCUUUCUGGAGGUCUAGGAGUAGGUCGUAUAAUGUAGCACAUAGACCGUUGGACUUUUGGUCUUUCCGUUGUCACUUACUAGCACAAGGUUUUAGAAACAAGCACUCCCAACCUGUUGUGCACGGCGUCUUUCUUUUUUCUUGGACGUGAACUAUUUUCUGUCACACACAACAGUUAACUUUCUGGUGUGUUGUCUGAUGCUUACUUUGUAGGCUGUACUGGAUGUGGUACUUGCCCUACACAGUCAGCUUGCACAAAAGCUUGUAUUUAUUGUGUAGCUGAGUGAAAUGCAAACACUGAAGUACACACAUGCACAAGAUGUUAGGAGUUGUGUUAUUCACUCUUCAUUCAUGAUGAUGCCUUUCAGUGAUGCCUUUCAUGGGGUAGACUUGCCCAUGUCCUCAACUGCUCUCAAAGUGUUUUGUAUAUUAUGCUCUAUCGCUGUAGAUCUUACAGGGGAGAAUGACAUGCCAAACUUUCCAAAUGAUCAAGCUUGUGUUUUGUUUUUAAAAUACAAAGUUUCAGCUGGGAAUUUCACAGCUGACCCAUCUGCAGAAAUAGCAGUGGGUGCUUUCUGAAGGACUGUGCCCAUUUUGGCCCUUACCUUCAGUACGCUCAUACAUUUGUGAUUAUCAACUUUGUUUCUGCUUUAAAAUGUACUUUCUAAUUUAAUCUUUCAAUUCUUGCGUGGUCCCAUUGGUGUACGUUUCACUGACCAUUUGUUUCGAAAUUGAGAUGUAAAUAUGGUUGAUUUGAAAUAUUGUGAAGUAAAUGGGUUUUAUAUAUUCUGAUUUUUAACAGAAGUGUAAUAAAUGACAUAUUCAGUGGACAUUCGAAACCUGUUUAACUGGAGAUGUAGAGGCAAGCACAAAUACAACAUUUGAGAAAACAA